UUAGUGGAAAGUAGCUAGCCUGGAGGCUAACGUCAUUGGAGUGCCGUUAACCGGAGUGACAACAGAGUAGUUUGGGAGGAAAAAACUGUCGCCAUUGGGUACAGCUCGGUUUAAACGUGUGGUCGCCAUGUCAGAGACAUACGAUUUCCUGUUUAAGUUCCUUGUGAUUGGCAGCGCAGGGACUGGGAAAUCCUGCCUCCUUCAUCAAUUUAUUGAAAAUAAGUUCAAACAAGACUCCAAUCACACCAUCGGCGUGGAGUUUGGGUCAAGAGUUGUCAAUGUUGGGGGUAAAACAGUCAAACUGCAGAUCUGGGAUACAGCAGGACAGGAACGCUUCAGGUCGGUGACUCGCAGCUAUUAUCGGGGCGCUGCUGGGGCUCUUCUUGUUUAUGACAUAACGAGUCGAGAAACCUACAACGCCCUGACUAACUGGCUGACUGAUGCUCGCACACUGGCCAGCCCCAAUAUUGUCAUCAUCCUUUGCGGAAACAAGAAAGAUUUGGAUGCAGACCGUGAGGUCACCUUCCUGGAAGCAUCUCGUUUUGCCCAAGAGAAUGAGUUGAUGUUUUUAGAGACGAGUGCAUUAACAGGGGAGAAUGUUGAAGAAGGUUUUCUGAAAUGUGCCCGCACCAUUCUCAAUAAGAUAGAGUCUGGUGAGCUGGACCCUGAAAGAAUGGGUUCUGGUAUCCAGUACGGCGAUGCAUCCCUAAGGCAGUUGAGGCAGCCACGGGGCACUGCUGCGCAAGUCAAGCAGCAAUGUAACUGCUAGGGAUAGGACACACUUCCUCUCCCCGCACACAACCUCUCCUGCUUCAGCUCCAGGUGUGUCUGGGUGUCAUCUCUCCCCCCCCCUCACAACCCUGCUGAGAUACCUAGAAACAUCUGGAUAAUUUUUUAUGAAGUCCGUCUGCACCUUCAUCUGCAACCACUGAGCUUAAGGAAGUGGCCUAGCGGUCAUGGAAAGGCACCUCUGAUCAAGUAGAGGGAUGGUAAAGGUGGUGUGGAAGAAUCAUGCAGAUUUAACCUUAUCCUGUGAUUCUUGUGUGUGUAUGUGUGUGUGUGUGUAUAUAUACACAUACACAAACACACGCACUUAGUUCCUGUAGAGUAAACAGUCAUCAGCCUGAUCUCUGUUCACUGGCAUCAGCGCAUUUGUUGACUUGCAUAUCUCUUGUUUAAAUUUAGGCUUCUCCAAUUCCAAGUAGAUAUUCCUUGCAAUGUCAACAUGGUGGCUGGAUUGCGCCAGCCUAAACCAGUUAUUCUAUCUGCACAGACCAGUUUUGAAGGAAGGUUUACUGUUUCCAUGAAUAUCACUUCAUCGGCCUGGUUCUAAGACGAUCUUGCUCAUAUGGUACAAUCUUUGUGUUUAGUGUAGAUUUAGUAAAUAUAGCCUUGUAUAAAUCAAUUUCCUAUAGAUCACAGUUUCAGUUAUGUACCUAAAAAGAAUAUGCAGCUGAGACCUUUAAGCACAAAGGGUAGAGGGUUGAUCUUCCCCUCUAGAAUCACCGAUCAUUAUCUUUGUGCAUAUCAGUUAUUUACUGCAGAAUGUCUUGUGUAGGUUAUACAAUUCAUAACCUGCAGAAGCCAUUUUGCACUGGGUGGGCUAUCAUCUGAUGUAUCAGGCUGUGUUAUUUAUUGAUGUGAAACAGACCACCAACUCUCUGGAUGUGGAAAAGAUUUUAAUGUAUUUAAUUUUAUCGAUUUAAUCCUUAAACAGACGACAGCCUAAAGUCAUAUACUUCAGUGUCUCCAAGCUGGAACAUGGCCCCAAAAUAUUACACUCUUAGAUUGCUAUUAUUUGUGUUUUUGCACUUCUGCUUUGUGCACAGAAAUCCAGAAUGUUACUAUCCCGAAAGAUUUAGGAGGCUUUUUGCACUGUGUGACCAGUUGAGAAUCGCCAUACACCACAGAGACCAUCUUCACAAGAUUUCAUCCAUACACUCAACCAGAGAAAAGACAAUAUGUACGGUUAGAUAGAAUUGUUGCCCCGCUCUCACGCACACAUUUUUUAGCUUCUGUAUUUUAAAUAGCGUCUCUGUUACAUGUGCAGGUUCUCAUUCUGCUCUUUUUUCCCCCCGCUCUCUGCAAGUGCACUUUUUGACUGUUAAUGUACUUUACCUAUAGAAUUGUAAAAAAUUUAGUAAUCUAAAUAUUAUAUAGUGGCAAUUAUUAUAAGAAGUAAUCAUUCCUUACAUAAGAAAUGAGCUUAUAUCAGUGGUCCAAAGUUAUCAUACUAGGUAGAUGGUAUAUUGCAAAAUACUGAGCAGUUGAAUGUAAUUCUUGGACUGCCUGCAUGGCCUCACCUCACUGACUAUAUGUCUUUGUAACUUGAGGGAUAGAAGCUGUUUAAAAAGGGUUACAAUUAGUAAGGAUUUAACGUCUACCUAACAUGUUCUGAAAUGUUAUAGUACUAUGCCUGGGCAUUUACAAAGAAUAAAUCACUUGACAACCUUCACCUCUUGACAUUAAUUUGGCACACCUGCUUUGGCAGAUUGUUUAUUCUGUAAAUUACAAUGGAGCUUAUACUGUACAUACGACUCAAACAUGAGUUACAUGCUUAAAAAGAUUACUGCUAACCAAAAAAUGAAACCUGGUCUGUAGUUGUUGAUUUUGACAGCAGUGUCUCUGGCUACAUCUGUCUUUACUCUGAAGUUUAAAGACUUGCCCAUGUACUGCAGAUACUCAUCUGUUGCUUAGCAACAAGUGUUUUUUUUUUUUUUUUUUUCAUUUAUGAAUUCUGUAUAUCUGAAUCAUCAAUGAUGUAAAUACUAUUGAACUUGGAUUAUUGGAUUCUUUUGCGGAGGGGGGUGCUUGUUAAAUUUUAAAGUCUAACAAUUAUAAGUAAAGUUUGCUUGUUUUUUAUGUUAUACAA